AUUUAUCGGCAGCGCAACAAAAAACUGUUGUUUUUAUUUUACUUAUAUUAAAAUCCUUCGAAAGGAAAAAGCAAGUCAUGGCAACGGAAAUCACAACUAAAGCGCGAUUGGAAAGACUAAUGGCCGCGAAGGUGGACUUGGAGGCACAAAUUAAUAAAAAUGGACAAAUAUUGGCCGCGAACGAUAAUGUUGGCAUGACUGGUUCACUUGUUGAUGCUGAAGGAUUUCCUCGCAACGACAUCGAUAUCUAUCAAGUGCGCCAGGCGCGUCAGACCAUUAUCUGUUUGCAAAAUGAUCACAAGGAAUUGAUGAAUCAAAUACAAACCCUGCUCAAUCAAUACCAUGCUGAGAUAGCUACCACAGAUCCUGAGCUGGUGAAUCGCGCGUCAGCCCUGGAACUGAACAGCGGGCGAGAAGGCGGCGGAGCACUCAUAAUGCCACUGAAUACACGCCCAUUAGUUGUCGUCAAUCUUGUAAGCCCCAACUCGCCAGCCGAGGAAGCGGGCUUGCGUGUGGGCGACAAAAUCAUGCGUUUUGGCUCCAUCAACGAAAAUAACUUUAAGAAUAGCCUAGCACAAAUUGGUGAAGUUGUGCGCGACAUGCAGAAUCAAAACGUGCAGCUAAAGAUCAAACGUGGCGAACAGUUUCUGGAUUUGAUACUUGUGCCCAAAGCAUGGAGCGGCCGGGGUCUGCUCGGCUGCAACAUUGUGCUGCCACCGGAGCCCAUGGAAUAUUAGGUCUUAUUUAUACAAUUUUAAGUUCUUAAUUUUUAUUUUACAUUUUAUUGCGUGUAAUGUUUGGCAAUGUAAUUUAAUUCCCUUAAACCAUUGAAGUAGAAUUCGUGGCCUGAA